AACAACUUACAAACUCACUCGACAAUAUCAAUUCGAUAGUGAUAGUUCUCAAUCGGUCGAACAAGUCCACCUGGCAAGCGAAGGAAGACGUGCGAAAGAGCUAGCAGUGACUAAGGACACCGGGUUGAUCUUUGGAUCAUCAUAGUACCGACAGAGACUGUAUCUCGACUAAACUUUAACUACACUCAAAGAACUGAAUCGGUCGCCAUGGCUCCCAGGAUCUCCAACCAGUCGAUUUCACAUAACUUCCCAGCCACAAAACCCAUCAUCCACAUAUCAACAACCGAGAUCCCUCAAUAUCCUCUCCCAAACUCAACAGAAGUCCUAGACCCAACACUCAUAACGCAAGACUUCGACCUAUUGCGCUUCGAAGCCGCCGCCUUUGGUCAACUCCCAGCCAUCCACUCAGGCACAGCCAGUCCAGCAGACUCGUCGCAGACAUCCCCAGUCUCUCCAAGAUCCCCGGCAUCACCUGCAGACGCAAAGUAUUCCACAAACCUAAUAUCCUCCCCAUACAACAACCCCGGCCACUACCUCGACCUCACCACCCUCCCCCCACCCUCCCUCCUCUUCGCCAAAGCACUCACAGCGCUGAAACCCGUGCGGGGAGACUACGCAACCGCGCCCUACACCGAAGCGUUGAACUUCGACGACGUGCUCAACGUUCUACGCGAGCUUCUCCGCACAGAACGAGAUGGAGUGGGCCAAUGGGCAGAGACGAGUUUCUACGUCGUCACGUUCCGCAGCCUACUAAACGAGGGUGUGGAUCAAGAGUGGCUGUAUAGACUAGACUAUGAGAGCCAUCGCGAAGCGUGUGAAAGUGGGGGGUUGCUGAAGUACUGGUUUGGAAAGUCUGGUGGUGAUAGGAGGAAUCUCGCGACUUGCUUCUGGCACUCGCGUGAAGAUGCGUAUAAAGGUGGUCUUGGGCCGUGGCAUAAGAAGGCUAGGGCUGCGGGGAGGGAGUUGUAUGAGAAGAUUGUGUUUUCGACGCAUCGGUUUACGGUGUUGGAGGGGGUGCAGGGGUAUAGGUUUGAGGAUUGGAGGGAGUAAGAUGAGGUUGGAGAUUGUUUCGAGUGUGUUUUACAUGGGUGAGUGCAUACAAGGACAAGAUAAAGGUUUACCGAGAUCAAGCGUCUCCACUGGGAAAUGCAUGAAGAGAAUACGCUUGGAAAUUUUAAAGUAGUAAUUUUAGAUGGCUUGAGCUCUGAUAGUUGGAAACAGUAAACCAAAGCG